UGUUUGUUUGUUUGUUUGGGUCUUUUUCAAGCACAUGAAUACUUCAGCUUGUUUCCUUGAUUGUUUCUGUCUUCCAAGCAGAGGAAUACUUCAGCUUCCUUGCCUGUCUAUUGGGCUCUUGUUCAAGCGGGCGGAUACCUUAGCUUCCUUGCUUGUUUUUUUUUUUCUUGUUAAGUAUUUUGUAGGCAGAUGAAUACUUGAGCUUUUAUGCUUGCCUCGUGCCAAAACUCGGGCGCCUGGGAAGCCGAAAAACAACCGGACGCGCAGUGGUGCGACAUUUCUCUCCGAAUUCCAAAAUGUUGUUACGCAAAAACAUCAAAGCCAGCCCACGCAGCCUCUUUGCAGACAUUGGUAGAUCCAUAUAUGUUGUUUAGGUAGCCUUGUGCAGCAUAGCAACAAAAUCGGAGUUAUUUACAGGCACUGCUUCCCGCACAGAGUAAGCUUGUAUUCUACGGCGAUUUCUUUUCAAAACACCCGCGCUCUACGUCACAAAUCACGUGGUCUUACUUUUAUUCGGCACGACCUUUGUUUUGUUGUUUCUUCUGUGCCUCUAUUCUCAAAACCCCGUCACCCCAAAUGUUUGUCUAAAAGCGCCUAGCAAAAAAAAGUGAGUGAAGUGGCGCCAUCUUUGGUUCUAAAAGCAAACAAAAAGCUUGCACGCUUCUAGGUGUAGUCUCUAGAUGGCAGGUAAUUCGCUAUUUGCAUUUUCUUUCUUUCAGUUUCAGUUUCAGUUUAUCAUUAUUUAAAUGUAAUGCAUUGGUAAGAAACAAUAUACAGACGGCAAUAUGUGAAAAAAAUUCAUAACAAUCACUCGCCUAGUUACAAUAACAACGUAAGCAAAUUUACUUACAUACAUAACCCUGCUUUUAAUUCUGACAGUGCAUUCCGAAUUUGGAAGGAAAAAACUGUACCACCCUGGCCACACUGGGGCACGACGACGGCGCCACAAAUUUUACGGCGGCCACAUCGCGCAACUUCGCGCAGCGGCAGCAGACGACAAAAGGACGGCAGCUGCUGUUCGAGCGCUGCGACAGCGGCUCCCUCGCUGCUCUCCCCAGUCGUCUGUUUUGACCGGCGCAGGACUCGGUCGGCGGGUACGGUGGAGUGCUCCUUCUGCCUGCCUCUACGGUGGUCAAGUCACGUUCGCGUCUUUCCGGUCGUCGCGGGCGGCCGCUUGUUUCCUGCUUCUACGCCACCGGACGGCACCCACACGUCCCCCCUUGACGAUCCGGCGCGCUCGGCCGGUGUUGUCAUGCGGCCCUUUCGCCGGCGCACGCCGAUAUCGAAGCAGCAGCGGCGACGGCCGUCGUCUUCGGCGCGCCGAGGAGCGCCGUAGGCCUAACCGGAGUCACGGCCGUUUCGCUCGGCCCGCUCGACAAGGUUCUCGCGUUGUUUUGGGCGGCCGAUCGCGCGUGUCACUGCCUCGUCGGCGGCGGUGGUGGCCGCUCGAGCCGUGUUUUGUGCGUUCCCCGAGGAGUGUCAGUGGGCCGCGAGCGCGGCGUCCUCUGAAUUGGUGUUUUUUUCGACCGGGGGCCGCCCGACCGCAAUUGGCCGCGGCGGUUCGCCGCGUGCGGGGAGGAGGGACGCCGUCGUGCACACACACAGGAAAUUGGCCGCGAUGCCUCCACUGGCGCGAGACCAGCAGUCGGCGAGCUUGUUAACACCGGAGAUGAAGGCGACGUUGGCCAACGGCGGGUCCGCUGCGGCCGGCGACGGUUCGAGCUGCGUCUGCUCCGUCAAGUGUGUUCUCGUGGGCGACGGAGCGGUGGGCAAGACCAGCCUCGUCGUCAGCUACACCACCAACGGCUACCCCACGGAGUACGUUCCCACGGCUUUCGACAACUACUCCGUGGUGGUGACAGUGGACAACCAGCCGGUACGUCUGCAGCUCUGUGACACGGCGGGACAGGACGACUUCGACUCGCUGCGACCCCUGUGCUACCCGAACGCGGCGGUGCUGCUGCUCUGCUUCUCGGUGGUGUGCCCCACCUCGUUCCAGAACGCGUCGCAGAAGUGGCUGCCCGAGCUGAGGCGGCACUGUCCCGACGCGCCCAUCGUGCUCGUCGGAACCCAGUGCGACCUGCGCUCGGACGUCAAGGUGCUCAUCGAGCUCGCCCGCUACGGCGAGGAGCCCGUGCCGGAGUCCGCGGCACGGCACGCCGCCCACCGCAUGGGGGCGCUGGCGUACGUCGAGUGCUCGGCGCUCACGCAGAAGAAUCUCAAGGAGGUCUUCGACACGGCCAUCGUCGCGGCGCUGCGUCGGAACAGCCCGGGUCUCGUGGGCAAGGGCUUCCACCUGCUGUCCACCAGGUCGCCGGCCUCCAGGAGCAACGGCGCGGGACAGUUCACCAACGGCUUCGUGCCGUUUCCCCGGAGGCGCGCCAUGUCGCUGGACCGGCGGGCCCGGGACGACGGCAAGAAGACGGGCUGGAAGAAGUUGUGCUGCUUCAUCUGAGGUGUUCGUUUGUGCGUGCGUUUUGUGUGCGUGUAUGGUGCGUGUAUAGCCGAAGUGCGGUUCCUACGCUGCGGAGACCUUGACGAGAAAUUUGUUUCGUAGAACACGGUGUUGGUCGUAGCGUUGUGGAGCAACGACGGGUUUUGGUUCGUUUCGACGAGGGAUGCGACCAACGUGUCAGGAAACACAAGUCUCAGGGUUGAAGUCAAGAUCAUCACUGGCAACAGGGCAUCGCCUGGGGACUGGAGAGCUACGCCGAGCCAGUCGGUUCUCGCCAACGCUGGAAGUGAUUUGUGAAGGCGUGCGGUCGCGUUCUGCGGAAGCUUUAAGACCGGCGCAUUAACAGACUGGCUACGUGCGACGGCGCCGCGCCGUAGACGGUCGCUCAUUGCAGCUUCUGGACGUUUUUUCGACGAGAUUUGUCCAGAAUAGGCAUGGGUCUUCAGGGGUCAAGUCAAGAUGACGGCGGCGACCGGAGAAACAAAGGCUGUGGACCGCAGCUACACGUAGCCCGAGUCGGUUCCCAUUGACCUUUUUUUUUUUUUUUU